UUGUUAAGGACGCUGGAGGCGGGCCCGGCCUAGCUCGAGCGAGGCCCAGUUGCGCGAUGGAGGCCGAGCUGGGGCUGGGCGAGGAGCCGCGCAGGGGGGCAGCCGGGAUGGCCAAGAUGGGCCGACGAGCCCGAGCUCGCCAGGAUUCGUUUCCUGAGGAGAAUCGUCUCAGCAGGAAGAAUUCCUCUGCCACUUCUACUGGAGAGGAUGAAGACACUGAGGAAAAGGGCCCCCCACCUAAACCCCCACGCCGGCAAGGAGGCUGGGCAGAUGAUCCUGUAAUGGCACCUUCCAAAUCAGGACGGAAAACUGCAGAAGAAGUAGAAGAUCAUCGUCUCAGGCAGCACAGCCUGGAGGGAUCAGAUGAUGGAGGAGAUAUUCCAGUGAUCCCAGACUUGGAGGAAGUACAGGAAGAAGAUCUCGCCAUGCAAGUGGCAGCUCCGCCCAGUAUCCAGGUGAACAGAGUGCUGACGUUCCGUGACCUGGACAAUGACCUCAUGAAGUAUGCUGCCUUCCAAACCCUGGAUGGAGAGAUUGACCUGAAGCUUCUCACCAAGGUUCUGGCCCCAGAACAGGAAGUACGAGAGGAGGAUGUCUGCUGGGACUGGGACCAUCUCUACAUGGAGGUGUCUUCAGAACUCGUGACUGAGUGGGACGUGGUACAGUCUGAGAGAGAUGAACCCUUGAGUCAGCCCAAGAAUAUCUGAGCUCUGGUCAGCUCAGCACACAGGCUCAGACAGCUGCAAAUAGCACUAGUUUUUUUUUUUUUUUAAAUCAACUCUUGUAUUUGAGAAAAUAUUCCAGAUCUGAAAGUAAAGGAGGUGGGAACACGA